AUGGAGAAGAAGAAGUUAGGGAAGGAGAAGAUGUUAAGAAUGGUUUGGGAUGGGGAAGAAGUGAAAGAAGGAGAAGAAGUUAGGGAAGAAGAAGAAGCUUUGGAUGGAGAAGAAGUCAAGAAUAAAGAAGAAACUAUGGAUGGGGAAGAAGUUAAGGAGGGAGAGAUGCUUAUUAUGGAUGGAGAAGAAGUCAAGGAAGGAGAAGAAGUCAUGGAAAGAGAAGAUGGUUUGGAUGGAGAAGAUGGUUUGGAUGGAGAAGAAGUUAAGGAAGGAGAAGAAGUUAGGGAAAGAGAGGAAGUUAAAGAAGGAGAAGAAGUUAAGGAAGGAGAAGAAGUUAGGGAAAGAGAGGAAGUUAAGAAGAAGAAGCUUUGGAUGGAGAAGAAGUCCAGAUUAAGAAGAAGCUUUGGAUGGAGAAGAAGUCAAGAAUAA